GAGGGAAGUGCUGCGGGGAAAGUUAUUUGCCUGUGAAUCGAAGAGUUUUUCUGACCAGAGCUGCAGCGAGAGUCACUGCGAGGGAGAGAAGACGGAGAAGGAGAGGGAGGCACAUUUACAGGACUACAUCUCUUUUUUUUUCUCCAUGCACUCCAUCACCUGGACGCUCGGCAGCUAGACAGACGUUUCAUUCAUCAGAGACCCCUGCGCCCGACAGCUAAUAUAAACCAAAACACGUAGGAGGACAUGAAGACCGGCAAGAAAUCCUUCAUAGCUUUCAUCAAGGAGAGGAAGAUGGGGCUGAACGACUUCAUCCAGAAGCUGGUGUCGACCCCUCAUAUCUGCCAGCACGUUGAGGUUAACAACUUCCUGAAGAUUGACGAGAAUCAAAACGAGGAGAUUGAGAAUGAUGACAUUCUUGACCGACCGAUGUACCUAAAUUCACGAAGUUCACUGGCUGAGGAGACUCAGAUCAAACCUUGUGAUUUUGACUACCUGAAAAUCAUCGGCAAAGGCAGCUUUGGAAAGGUUCUGCUGGCUCGACACAAGGAGUCGACCAAAUACUACGCUGUCAAAGUGCUCCAGAAGAAAAUCAUCAUGAAGAAGAAAGAGCAAAAGCACAUCAUGGCUGAGCGCAGCGUGCUGAUGAAGAACAUCAAGCAUCCCUUCCUGGUCGGGCUGCACUACUCCUUCCAGACUACUGACAAGCUGUACUUCGUCCUCGACUACGUCAACGGCGGCGAGCUGUUCUACCAUCUGCAGAGAGAGAGGAUCUUCCUGGAGCCCAGAGCCAGGUUCUACGCUGCUGAAAUUGCAAGUGCACUUGGCUACCUCCACUCCCUGCACAUCGUGUACAGGGACCUGAAGCCCGAGAACAUCCUGUUGGACUCACAGGGCCACAUCGUCCUCACAGACUUCGGCCUCUGCAAAGAAGGUGUUGAGGCCAACGGGACAACAACAACCUUCUGUGGGACACCUGAGUACUUGGCCCCUGAGGUUCUCCAGAAGCAGGCGUACGACCGCACAGUUGACUGGUGGUGUCUGGGAUCCGUUCUCUACGAGAUGCUCUACGGACUUCCUCCGUUCUACAGUCGAAACACAGCUGAGAUGUACAACAACAUCCUGCACAAGUCUCCCGUGCUCAAGCCCAACGUGUCGAACGCCGGCAGGGAGCUGCUCGAGGGGCUCCUGCAGAAGGACCGGACCCAGAGGCUGGGAGUGAAGGACGAUUUUCUCGAACUCAAGUACCACUCCUUCUUCUCUCCAAUCAACUGGGAGGACCUGAUGGCUAAGAAGAUCACUCCUCCAUUCAUCCCUUCAGUGACCGGUCCCACAGACCUCCGACACUUCGACCCCGAGUUCACCCACCUGCCCGUGUCCUCCUCUCUGUGCACGGACGCCCCGACUGUGACCAGCAGCGUCAAGGAAGCGGCCGGAGCUUUCCCGGGCUUCUCCUACGGGCCUCCAGCCGAUCACUCCUUCAUGUGAACGUCGACACGCUGACCCGUCUGUCAGAGGAACCAGGACAAAAUCUCUGGAUUUAGAGUCUUAUUUCUUGACUGAGGGGGACCACGCUGGAGCAGCCUGUAUGGUGGAGAGGGGGGGGGAGACGUUACACAACCUGAUGAGAGGAUCUAACUGACAUGAUGGACAUGAAAACUUUUUCGGGGAUCUUGUGCAUGAAAAGUGUACAGAUGGGUACUCUCAUGUUACAACACCACUGGGCCCUACUCUUCUGCCUCAACCACCCCAAAAUUAAAAAAAACAAACAAACAUGUGUGCCAAGUAUGGAAGCACUCUGAGGUCAUUAAACAUCGCUCUCUCCGAGGACUCGGGACCUCACAGCUACUGGUGAAGUGACGUGAAGAGAAGUGCCUGAGGUUAAAAAGGCAGUUUGGAACGGCAGCAACGGCGUCAUCGGAAACCGCAAAUCCAUUUUCACCCGUUCUGGGCUUUCUGACCCGAGCGCUCGCUGCUGAGGGUGAUGCCUUCAGCUACACGUCUACAUAUGUUAAAACUGUUUCUGUUAUGUUUUCAUGUAAAUGCUCAAUUGCACUCGAGGAAACAAGGGUCAAGAGAAGUUAACCGUUCCCGCUUUAAGCAUCAGCAACUCUGGAUUAGACAGCUGCAUAUCUGUGUUUGUUUUCAUAUCUGUAGUUCGGCAUUUCAGUGGUGUACACUCGGACCAAACUGUUAAUGAUGGUACGCUUUAAAGACUCCUUUUGACCUGUUUGUCCUCAUAAACUGAAGAUCAAUGUUUUACUGUACUGUGUAGAAGAAAAAAUAGUUACAUUAUAUUUUAUUGAAAAAACCAAAAGGUUUCCCAUCUUUUAAUAACCACAAACAUUCUCUAUAUUAUAAGACAGUUCUGCAUAUAUUAUAAAUGAGUUAUAAAUGUUUCCUAGUAAAUAUAAUAUUAUAUAAAUAUACCUGCAUAGAUACAAUGAAAAAAUAUCUAUAUUUCCUGUAUGAUAAUAUCUUUUUAUUUUUGGUUUUUCAAACGUCUUUUUCUUUCGUGUUAAUCUAUAUCUGCUGUUUGCAAACUUAAUUGAAAGACUUCUCUCGUUGAUCAGGAGAGACGAAGUGUUGGGAGAGUUCAACCAGCAAUAACAGGCCCACACCGAUGAUAGCACAUAAUCUUCUUUCGACUACAAGUGAUUGCUGUUUUAUUGCAAACACUCCGGACAAACUAUAGAGUCUGUGAUUACAGAUGUUUUUGUAUUUAUGCAUCAUGUAGAGAAGAACUGUGAAUGUCUUGUGCCUGUCCAAGGCGGCCUGAUCCAUAUAUAUAUAUAUAUAUAUAUAUAUAUAU